AUGGUGAAUAUCCGGCGAACCUGGCUGUCUUCCAGCCUGGCCCUGGCCCUUUUCGCUCAGCAAGGCUUGUCCCUGGUUUUUGAAGACACAGAAGCCCCCGAUGCCGUCGAGACCCUUCUCCAGGCAGGAGCGCAGUCAAACGACGAUGCUGCCUUUUCGAUUUUCGAUCGGCUGAGCAGAGACUCCUACUAUUGGAGCGGUUCCCAGAAUGGCCACAAGGCGCUGGCAAACCUCACCGUCGACGUCGGCGACGAAGAAGCGAAUAUCGUCUCAAUGGAGAAAUUCCGGCAUCUGCUAGAGUCCGUCGAGUGUACCGAUAAUGGGAUGGUCGUGGAAUUCAAAGACACGCGUUCGUUCGGAUACACACAGCGUGGAUGGCAAUGGGUCAACGACGAUGAUGACCGAAACUUGAUUCUGGUCACCGGUAGGCAGCACUGUGGCUGGAACACUCAUAGGGUGCCAUUUGUCGUCUCAUCAAUUGUGUUCGACAAGCCGUCACUCAGGGCGAAGCUCAGCGGCGUACCGUCGGAAUGGAAGAAGCUCUUUCGUAACUACGAGCUCACGUUGGGCAAUGUCCCAGAAUCGUCUAUCAGCAAGCGAGAAUGGGACUCUGAGGCUUCUUUGAGCUUCAACCACAACAUACCCCUCGAGAAGUCGAUACCUAUUCCAGGUAGUGAUCUCUCUGUGGAUAUCUCAUGUGAGGGUUGUAAGACAGAGGGAUCCUUCGAUUUCGGUGUCCACAUCAAGACCAGCUAUGGAACCCCCGAGUCCGCUUCGUUAACGCUCUCGCCCAACGGCGUCUCUGCAAGCUUCACGCCCCGGCUUGGACUCAGUGGGAACAUGACCAAUGAGAUAUCCGACGAGGUCGAGCUCGUCAAGAUCCCUGUCGAUGGUAUCUCAAUUCCAGGUGGUAUUCUUGACCUUGGCCCGGAAAUCGUCUUUAGUUUCGGAUAUCAAAUCGGCCCUGUCAAGGGCUCGGCUGGUAUAACUUCCGGCGUGACUCUCAGCCUUGCAGACUCUGCCGAGCUUGAGAUUGACUUCCUGGAUCCGGAUAUUUCCGCUGGUGGAUGGACUCCCCAGGUUGAAACUCUCCCCGUGAAGCUCGACGCUAAGAUUGAGGCUGGGGCUGAGGUUUACACCAAGGCUGAGGUGCAAUUCGCUGCGUCGAUCCUUGACUACGGCUAUGAAGCUGGUGUCAAUCUGCGGCCGUACCUCGGAGCCACUAUAUCGGCCUCUACUGACAAGGGGGUGGGAGUCGAUGUGAAUCUGGGCGCGGGUCUUGGAGCUAAUAUCCAGGCCGGUGGUGCCAAAGCCUGCGUGGCCCCGAAGGCUGGGGUCAGUCUCAACGUCGACGUUGCAAAGUCUGAUACACCCGAGGACCCAAUGGUGGAGAAGACAGUUGCGGUAUGUCGACCAACUCUGCGACUCGCCAAUGGAAUCCCAAUGCUUCAAUUUCGGCCCAACCGGCUCGAUAGGGUUGGGCUCGCCAACGUCAAGCAGAGUGGCUUCCACCUCUUCAAUCGCAUAUACACACACGCCUUCAACUACACCAUAUACGCGCACUCCUUCAACUACACCGUAUACCUCGCCACACCCCUCCACGACCUCGUCCUCGACACCGCAUUCAUCGUCUGCUACGCUAAGCCCGUAUCACCACUACCGCAGACAUAA